UUGGAGGGAAAUCUACAGUGUGACGUCUCUUGCAGUAAAACCUGAAUUUGUCGUUAUGCGCACUUCACAGGGUUCCUUUUUAUGAAGCGCUCCUUCAUGUGCCAGUUUCUGUGCAACAUAAAUGAUAACAUUGUUGUUGGUAUUUGAAAGAUUCUGGUGAAUGCGCGAGAGGGUAAUCAGGCAAACGUCGUUUGCUUUUCUAUUUGUUCAUUUAAAUCAUUGAUAUUAUUAAUACGAAAAGAUGAUGAGAGGCAUCGGGAAGUGGUUAGGGAUGAAGCGUAGAAAUGUAGAACCUAAAAGAUCUCGGAUUGACAGAAGGAAGACUCGAACAUACCCCGUUGACCUUUUGGACGACAGUGACGAAGGUUCGUAUCAUAGUACAACCAGCGUCAGUUCAGAAAGCGAGUUCCAGAGCUCUGACGAUGGGUCAGAUACCUCGGAUAGUUCAAACCCAAAGCGCAAAAGUAGUGAAGAUGGCAGCGAAAAUGACGAUAAGAAUGUUAGGUCACGACAAGCGCAGCGAAAGCGGUCGUCCGCCAGCACAACAGUUCUUGAUGACAGUUCAAGUGAUUCCGAAAGUGACGUCGGCGCUGAGCCACUCAGAAAGGUUUUGCAGAGAAAACGACUGAAGUUGGUCGACUCAGAGGACGAGGCGGCUGAAGAAAAGAAAAGAGAAUCCGAGGUGAGGGAAGCUGCCGCCAAACGCAGAGAACGUAAAAACAAACUGAUGGAAUUAUUGGAACGGAGGAAGUCGGGUCCUUCACGUAAGAGACGCAGAACUUUGGGUUCAGAAGAGGAUGAGAAGGAGAAAGAGGUUAAAGUUGAGGAGGUUAAAGAGGCAGAACAAAAAAAAGAGGAAGAAUCUGAAAAUGACAGUAGUGAUGAUGAGGAGGAGGAUGCAGCUGUGGAGGUGAACAGCAGUGAGGAAGAAAGACAGGCAGAUAGUGACAGCCUGAAAGACUUUAUCGUUGAUGAUGAAGAAGAGAAAACUGGUGAAAAAGAAGAGGAGGGGACCACAGAAAAGUCUUACCUUUCACAACUUCCUCGCCAGUUCAUCACAGGUUCUCACAAAACACACUUCCAGGUGGUUGUCAAGGCCUUACUGAUCAAUGUCUUGGAUGAAACCUUCCUCGAGUCACUUUACAGUGGGGAACGGAAUAAGCGUUAUGCCCAGGAGAUGAAAUCCUCGUUGCACCACUUUGAUGAACGCUUGGUUCUCCCCCGUCUGGAGAACCUGAGACAGAGGAGCCGCUGGAAGGACCGCUACAAAGAGCGAGUGGAAUGUUACCCAAAGUUGUCAGUCGUGAUGACAGGGGUCAGGAAUAAGGUAUGUGAGGCCUGUGAGCUCCACAGAACAACUCGUUACUCUGUGCGUCUCUCUGGGCAGCUGUACGAUACUGACACCCUACAGGAGGACAAGUUCAUGCCUGACGACAGACAGAGUUUUUUUGUUGGAUCUGUGUGUGCCAGUCGCACGGAGGUCUACCACACUUUGAAGCACUUCAAGUAUCGUCUGUUUGAGCGCUGUCGCAAAGCUCUAGAGACAGAGAGAAAGGAGCAAGAAGAAGAAGAAGGGGAUGCAGCUGAGGAGGAACCAGUGAAGGACACUGUCAACAAAGUGUUCACCAAAUUGGAGGAGGCAGGCUGGAUCUCAAAGCAAUUUGAAGAAUUUCAAGAACAUCUCAACGCUGCAGAUUUCUUCCAAGAUGAGAAACUGGACUGAAGGCGUAGAAGAUGAAGCCUUACCUUUAAUUAACGGGAUGUUAUUUAUAAUUAUUAUUCUUUUUUUACAUUUUAUUUUUACUCUGUAAAUAGUUGGUCGUAUUUUACAUAAUGAAAAGACUUAACAUCCAGCUCAAUCGUUAUUGUUGAAAAGCUGCAUAAUGUUGGUUAUUCAGAUCUUAGCUUAGAUUCAUGCAUCUUUGAAAUAUUUACUUUCUAAUGAAACUCUUUAAAGCAUGCCUCUGACUUUUUUGUCGAUACAUAUCUCACUUUUUUUAAAACAGAUAAUAUGUCUCUCAUAAGGCAAAUCUAUAUCGGAGAAGUCCAUGGCAUGAAAAAAUAAAAACCUAUUUCUCAUGUAAGGCUAUUUCAGUUAUAACCAUAAGGACUGUGUUUUUGAGAGAGCUAAUGCUGUUAGCAAGUGUAAGCUGGUAUAAUAUGCUAUUACCUUAGGAUGACAGAAUGAAUGUC